AUGAAAUUAAAGUUGUACUAUGAUCUUAUGUCACAACCAUCUAGGGCUUUGUAUAUUUUAUUGAAAACAUCUAAGUGUAAUUUUGAACUAAAAUGUUUAGAUCUGCGACAAGGCCAGCACUUCACAGAUGAAUAUCAAGAUAUAAAUCGAUUCAAAAAAGUUCCUGUUAUUGAUCACAAUGGCUUUAUACUAACAGAAAGUGUGGCAAUAAUAAGGUACCUAGCUUGUGAAAAUGUGAUACCAAGAAUGUUAUAUCCAGAAAACAGCAAAGCCCAAGCGAGAGUGGAUGAAUACUUAGAAUGGCAACAUAUUGGAUUAAGAUUACAUUGUGCCAUGUUUUUCAGGGUUAAGUACUUAAACCCAAUAUACACAGGCAAACAGCCAGACCCCAAGCUAGUUCAGAGCUAUGAAAAGAGAAUGAUAAAUGCUCUUGAAGAGUUGGAUACUCUAUGGCUAGGACGGAAUCAGUUUGUAACAGGAGACAGUAUUACUGUCGCAGAUCUUUUUGCAGCAGUUGAAUUAGAGCAACCAAGAAUGGCUGGUUUUGAACCAGCUGCUAGAUACCCGAACAUCGCAAAAUGGUGGCCAAAGGUUAAACAACAUUAUAAUCCAUAUUAUGAUGAAGCACAUGUUAUUUUAAAUAAAAUUGUGAAGAAAAAUAUGUCUAAAUUGUGA